AUGCCAUGUGCAGCGUGGAUAAGACAGGGAAGGCAACCUGUUCGUGCACUUGUGAUCAAAGGUGCACUUGUGAUCAAAGGUGCACUUGUGAACAAAGGUGCACUUGUGAACAAAGGUGCACUUGUGAACAAAGGUGCACUUGUGAACAAAGGUGCACUUGUGAACAAAGGUGCACUUGUUAUUAAAGACUCGCGGUGUGGCAUCUGCCCCACUGGAGCCACCUGCAAGACCGCAAGCUCGAAGUCUGCCUCCAAUGUUCCAUACUGCGUGUGUCCGGACGGCUAUGGCAUGACGCCAGAUGCUUGCAUUAAAGGUGGCAAGUCCACAGUGGGAGCAGCGAGUGCGACGCUCAUCCAGAACGAAAUGGCAGGCAACAAUGCGUCCAGGCCGUACACCGUGCGUGCCAACCUCAAUGGGUGCACACAGCUUCCCAAGCAUCUCGCUGCCAACUACACGACACGAUACGGCGUGUACAACAUGAACGGCACGUUGCGCUGCAACACCUUCUCUUUCUGGGGGGGCGACAACUGUACAGGGCGUCUUGUGUAUGGGGGCCCGCUACCAACCACUCCAUACAAUACAAUUGCUGUAUAUACCACGGCACCUGAUAUCAGGUCCAUCUGGUGCUGGGAGUAG